AAAAGUUUUUAAUUGAAAAUAUGUGUUCUCCAUGUGGACCGUGCAGCCCCUGUGAUCCUUGCUGUGGACCUUUCGAGUGCUCGCCCAAAUGCUACAAUGCCGCACAAUUGGAAGCUCUGCCGCAGUGUGCACCUCGCAUUCCGCCACCAUUUCCCAAAUGCAUUACGGUGCAACAGCCCCCUCGUCUUAUAUGCAAGAAGAGAGUGGUUUUCACGGAGAAAGUUGUGCCAGAGCCCAUGGUUGUUAAUCGGUGUAGACAGAUCACUGUACCAAAAGUGGUGGAUACCACUCGGGUUAUCAAGGUGCCAAAACUGAUUUGGGUCUCGCAAAUGGUUCGGGAACCGCGUGUCAUAUACUAUCCUUCCAUGAUUCCGGAUCCUUAUGUCGUCUGCUAUCCGAAGCGUGUGUGCGAGCCCAGAGAAGUCUGCCAGUCGAUAUUGUGUCAACCCAAGCCGCAAACUAUUGACAUACCGCCACCAAGGGAAUACUGUUGUUAUCCAAAUGGACCUAUCAAUUACAAACCAAGUGCCGCUUGUCCUCCGUGUCCAAUUGGACCAGGUGCACCAGGUGGUGCCUGCUGUCCACUUCCUUGUUUUUCCACCAAUCAAUAUCCCGUAUGUGAAACACGUUGUGGACCUUGUGGACCGCGUGGUCCAGGACCUUGCCCUCCGUGCGGUCCAGGUCGUUGUGGACCAUGUGGACCUUGUGGCGGACCCUGCGCUGUACCAAAUUGUGGACCCUGUGGCUUGACAAUGCCUUCGGGGCCCUUUAUACCCGCACCUUGUGGUCCGUGCGGAACGGGCUGUGGACCAUGUGGAAACGGACCAUGUGGUCCUUGCGGGCCAUGCGGUCCCUGCUCUCCGCCUUGUCCAUACGAAUCGCCUGAGUGUGGUCCAUGUUAUCCAUGCGCUCCAACUCCGUGGAACACACAUUGUGGACCAGUUGGGCCGUGUGGUCCUCAAGUUCCGUGUGGGCCCUGUGGUCCUUGUUAACCGUUUGCAAUAUCUGAGCCGAUCAUUUAGUCAAAAAUUCUAUUUACGGAUAAAUAAAUUUAAUAUGCUGAUA